CUGGCGCUGUGUGAGUGCAGGGUGGACACUGCCUCGUGCGCAGUAGGCUAGAACCGAGAUGGUGGAACUUUGCAAUGCUGAGCGUCUAGGAUGGGCGGUCCUGACAAUUCUAACGGCCUUUGUCGCAGCAACCCCUAGGUUGUACUCGAUUUUUCUGCACGGCAAGCUCCGGCCCGGGGCUUCUACGACCUCGGAAGCUGGCUUUCCGCUGAGGUGGCUCAAGGUUGAGGUGCCCAAGCGCUUGUUCUCCCACUUCUACUUCUUCUGCCUUGUGUCGAGCGCGCUCGUCUUCAUCGACACGAUCUUAUACGGCGGUUCUCUCUUCGUAGGGAGCGUCCAGGGGAAGAGCGUUUGUUCAAGGGUCGCUGGGAGGAGUGAUCAAGUGCUAGAGCUAGGGGUCGAGAGCCUCCUCUGUCUGCUGCUCCUCAACCUUCAUGCGGCCCGGAGGCUGUGGGAGUGCGUCAUGGUGUCCUCCUGGGGAUCAUCGCGAAUGUCCCUCGCUGGAUACGCGGCCGGCGUCGUGCACUACCAGCUGAUGGUUUUCACAGUUCUUGUGGAGGCUCCCCCGCUGGGUCUCCUGGCUGAGGAGGCCUGGUCGAGGUCGAGCGGCGGCGCCUCGGACAUCGUCCUGGCGCUAGCGACGUCGGUGAAGCUCCGCCACGCCGUGGCGAUGGGUCUGUUCAUCAUCGGCUUUGUCCGGCAGCACGAGGCGAUCCGGCAUCUUGCUAGCCUGAAAGGGAACGUCGGCACCAAGGCGACCAAGUACGCCAUUCCCACGGCGGGCUGGUUCCGGUACGUGUCGUGCCCGCACUACUUCGCCGAGCUGCUAGUGUACGGCUCCUUCGUCCUGCUGGGGAGCUUCAAGGGCCGAGGUCUGGGGCAAGGCUACCUCGUGGCGUUCGCAUGGGUGUUCGCGAACCAGGCGCUGGUCGCCGGUUGGGUCCAGGCGUGGUACCAGCAGAAGUUCGAGGACUACCCCCGGGACCGUAGGAGACUUAUCCCCGGGGUGUGGUGAAGGGGGCGUGCAUCGAAAAACGGGGGUAGGACAUCGUGGAUGACACGCUCUUGUUGUGGAUGCGGUGCAGUCAGUGUUGAGGACAAGCAACUGUUAGGUUCAAAUCGCCCACUUGUAUCGUGCAAAGGUUGUGCCGCGUCAUGUAAAAGGAGUCUGCCCCGCCUUUCCAAAGGCCACACCAGUUAUGCCUUUCGUAGCACGCACAUGUACACGUAUAGAGGGUAGUAUUCCAGUCGAAGUGCUUGACACCAGCGGUGUUAUGCAACUGUGCAAGUACCAGAGAUACACAGCUCCGGGUCACGCUCUCCUGUUGGUUAUCACCUGACUCAUCAUACAAUCUAGACAUCUGUUGGAGGCCACGACCUGCUUUGCAGGUGGAAACUGUCAAGUGUACAAUCAGCAGAACACGGAUUGUUGUCGUUUGCAGCUGUCUUCCGUCGGGGCCGGGUUCGAGAUGCUGUUUUUGGCACGUUGGGUUACUUCGCGUACGAGUGGCUUCGAUACGUGUAUGCCUAGCUGAGCACACGCUCCUGCCUUCGAAUGUUCUGGCUCCUUGAGGAUAUGAGCUAUCCGCGAAUCGACGCUCUUUACCUCACGUUGUCUGCGGUGAACUACGUGUCGUAAUUGUUAGAAUACGGGGGAUUUCAAAGUUACUUGUUUUUUUUGCGUUUCCUGCGUGUUAUUUGCGGAAUCUGGAGGCAAAUUCAUUGUUGUUUGUUUGCUACCGCGUUAGUAGUCGAGGGAUCUUGUGUUUGGGAUGGGCAAUCUGUUUGGGCGGAUAAAAGUUGUGUUUGGGACCAUGUUG